UGUCAAGGCGAAAAAGUGAACGUUGCGCUACGUAAAUAUCGGUGGCUGGUCUUUUAGGAGGAUCGCAGUACAGGACGAACCAGCUAGAAUAAAGAACUCGUGUUCCGAAUCUGUUUUCAAAAUUACAAUAUCUGAGCUACCCUUCGUUUUUGGCCCUAUUUGAAGUACCAACGAACUUGCUCAUCAGAAAACAUUUAUUCGUUCAUUAUUAAUUUUUCACUGAUCAAAUAAAAAUUGUUGGUCGAUAGCCUCCAUGUUUUCUCGAAGUUUACGCUCUGAAACACGCAGCCGAGCUAAAGAAGACCUAAAAAGAGUUCACAAAUCACAUGAACAGGUCCGAAGCUGGGAAAAAAAAUGGGUUGCUGUCAAAGACACUUCAAUGCUUAUUUAUAAAUGGGUGCCUUCUCUUAUAAUCGAUAUGAAUCAUAGCAAAAAAGGCACAUUCACUCGUCAAUCAACUAUGAAUAAUGCAUCACAUAUUACUACUACUACUCCUGGUAUUCUUUCAUCCUAUUCAUGUCAACAACCGGAACAAGAUAAUUUUAAUACAAAUUCAGAUAAAUCUACAAAUAUUAAAAUUGACGAUCAAGAUCCAACUAAAACGUCACAAGAUACAACAGUUCUACCGGUUACAGAUGAUACAUGCUCACAAAAAACAUCUCAUAUGGAUGUAGAAAACAAUGACAGUCAAGAAACUUCACUUAAUGCAAACCAUGACAUUAUCACGUCAUCUGAACAAAAGUCCAAUUCAUUGGGUGAUACUGUUGAUAAUGAAACUAUUCCUACAGAACCAGUAUGUGUAAAACCUGAGGUGGAUGGUGAUUCAACUGUUGUUAGUGAAAAUAAUAGUAUUGUUAAUAGUAAUAAUAAUAAUAAUAAUAAUGAUCAGGAUGAAGCUUGUUAAUCUAUAUUUCUUUUGUACUGAUUUUUUGUGUAUAUGUUUUAUUCAUUAAUAACAUUUUCUAAUGCAUUUCAUACAAUAUGAUCUUUUGUAAAUCUCUUGAUAAAAAAAGUAAAUGACGUAUUUUCA